AUACAGCUUCAUUUCCAGUACUCACAAUUAGACCUGCUACAUGGCCCAAUGACUGGAUUCAGGAUCUUCUACAAACCAGAGGGCGGAACACAACAACAGAUUGACGUGGGUAACGUUAAUAUGACAACUUUGACAAAUCUCAAAAAGUACACAAGCUACAACAUAUCAGUGGCUGUACGAAACACUAUGUAUGUGGGUCCUGCAUGUAGUGUUACAAUAAUAAGAACAUUAGAGGAUGCCCCGGAUAUUGGUCCACAAUACACAACAGCAACAAAGAUAAACGACACAACAUUUCUGGUUACCUGGCAACCGUUAACAACAGCUCAAAGUAACGGCGUGGUUACUAAAACACAGCUUGAUACAGAACCUGGUAGACCUACUGAUGUACAAGCCGAGAGUCAAACAAAGACUUCUAUUAGAGUGAGAUGGGAAAAACCCUUGCCAUUGUCAUUGGUUGUAUAUGAAUAUACGAUUGAAGUUAAAGGUUCUAAACCAUACUGGAGCAAUUACUCAUUUUCAAGCACUCACAAGCAGAAUGGAACACGAACUAACAUGGUGAUCGACAGUCUUGUGCCUGGUACAAGCUAUGAAUUCUGGGUAACAGCAUCAACAGCAUGUGGUAAGAGUGAGAAGAGUGUAUCAAGUAAAAAAGACACAAACAUUGACAACCCUGUCAAACCUACAGGGAAUUCUAUAACUCUAAAGAACAAAUUUGACGUUCCGUUAUGGUCAGUUGAUCCUGUCAAUGGACCAGUCAGUUCAUAUCAAGUUAUCGUAAUCAAAGGGAACAAAAAUGUCAGUGACUUACCAACAAAUAUCAGUGACUACAAAGAUGCACAAGAGCUUUACGUCACAGCAGAACUGAAACCCAACGAGAUCAAGUCUCCUUUUCCUGUUGGUGACAAUAAAAUAUAUGGACAAUAUAAAAAUGUACCACUAGACAAAGGCAAAACAUAUACUAUUGCAGAGAGAGCGAUCACUACAGAAAAUCAAGGAAAAAUUUACGCAGGUCAAGCAGUAGUGGUAGCUACAAUUAAAGUAACUCAAGAGCAAAAGGGUGGCAUUUCCCCAGUUGGACCUGCAGUAGGAGCCGUGGUCAUCGUUUUACUCAUCUUGGUAAUGGUAGUUCUUAUACUGCUUAUAAAACGUCGCCGUCAAAAAAGAUAUUCGAAGAAAGAUAGUACGGUCCCACUUGAUGAUAUUGAAGACCAAGAAAGUGGGAAUGUAAAUGAAGGCCAGGAAAAUGAAUUAGUACAGAAAGACAUGGCUAUUCCGCCAACUGCAGGAGCGUCUGUUUACAGUCAAGAUGACGUCUAUGACGAAGUUAUAGACAUAGCCAAACCAAUCCCAAUACGACAAUUUUCUGAGUAUGUGAAAUCCACCAAGGCCACGGAAUACGCACGACUGAAAGAAGAAUAUAAGAAUUUACCAAACACCCAUUCCUUCCCAAAAACAGUCGCCAAGAAACCAGUAAACAAGAAGAAAAAUCGAUACGGCAACGCCAUUCCUUUUGACCAUUCUCGUGUGAUUAUCGAACAAACUGAUGGAGAUGAGGAUUCUGACUACAUCAACGCUUCAUAUGUAACUGUAAGUUUUAGUUACGACCCAGCGCUAUGCCAACCAUGAUUUGUGAUAGAUCGACCUUUUUUUCCGAUACGGCGGCCAUCUUGAAAUCUA